GGGAGAUAAUAUCGAAAUUUAUAAAAAAGUGGACAUAACUGGAAGUCAGUGGGAAGGAAGGUUCCUUGGAUAGGCAAAAAGAACAGGCAUUAAUUAAACCCUUUCAGGAAGCCUUGACUUGACUCAAAGAACCUCCAAGUAGGAGAUCAGAAACAUUUUUGGCCUCCUCAAGAAUCCAAGGAUAUCAGUGUUGAAAAAACCCCUCAGACUGCCUAAUGUGGGAAAAAUAGAGGUUGCGGAUCACAGCUGAUUAUGCAGGAGAUGAUCCACCCAGUGAAAGUGGCACAAAUGUUUGGAGUGUGGCAAAAACUUUACUCAGAGUAGUUCCCUAUGGUUCAUGGAAGGACCCAUACUGGAGAGAAGCUCUACCAGACAACCCAAUGUGACAAAGAUUUAGCAUGCACACUAAUAUGGUAAGACACAAGAGGACGCAUGCAGGACAGAAACCAUAUGAGUGCCCAGAUUGUGGGAAACGUUUCAGUUGGAAUUCCCUCCUGAUGAUACACCAGGGGACUCACACAGGAGAGAAGCCAUAUGAGUGUCCGGAGUGUGGGAAAAGUUUCAGUAGGAAUUCCAGCCUGGUGACACACGAAAGGACUCACAUGGGGGAGAAACCCUAUGAGUGUCCAGAUUGUGGGAAAGAUUUCUCUUCGAAAUCUGCCCUGGUGAACCAUCAGAGGACUCACACAGGAGAGAAACCAUAUAAAUGUCAUUGUGGGAAAAGUUUUAAUCAGAAUUCUUACCUGGUGAGACACCAGAGGACUCACACAGGAGACAAACCCUAUGAGUGUCCAGAGUGUGGGAAAAGUUUCAGUCGGAAUUCCAGCCUGGUGACACACCAGAGGACUCACACGGGAGAGAAACCCUAUGAGUGUCCAGAGUGUGGGAAAAGUUUCAGUCGGAAUUCCAGCCUGGUGACACACCAAAGGACUCACACAGGAGAAAAACACUAUGAGUGUUCAGAUUGUGGGAAACAUUUCUCUUCGAAAUCUGCCCUGGUGAACCAUCAGAGGACUCACACAGGAGAGAAACCAUAUAAAUGUCAUUGUGGGAAAAGUUUUAAUCAGAAUUCCAACCUGGUGACACACCAGAGGACUCACACGGGAGAGAAACCAUAUGAGUGUCCAGAGUGUGGGAAACGUUUCAGUCGGAAUUCCAGACUGGUGACACACCAGAGGACUCACACAGGAGAGAAACUCUAUGAGUGUCCAGAAUGUGGGAAAGAUUUUUCUUCGAAAUCUGCCCUGGUGAACCAUCAGAGGACUCACACAGGAGAGAAACCAUAUAAAUGUCAUUGUGGGAAAAGUUUUAGUCAGAAUUCCUACCUUGUGGAACACCAGAGGACUCACACAGGAGAGAAACCCUAUGAGUGUCCAUAUUGUGGGAAAGGUUUCUCUUGGAAAUCUGACCUGGUUAGACAUCAGAGGACUCACACAGGAGAAAAACCCUAUGAGUGUUCGGAUUGUGAGAAAGAUUUCACUUCGAAAUCUGCCCUGGUGAACCAUCAGAGGACUCACACAGGAGAGAAACCAUAUAAAUGUCGUCACUGUGGGGAAAGUUUUAGUCAGCAUUACUACCUGGUGAAACACCAGAGGACUCACACUGGAGAGAAACCCUAUGAGUGUCCAGAUUGUGGGAAAGAUUUCACUUGGAAAUCUGACCUGGUUAAACAUCAGAGGACUCACACAGGAGAGAAACCAUAUAAAUGUCGUUGUGGGGAAAGUUUUAGUCAGAAAUCCGUCCUGGUGAGACACGAGAGGACUCACACGGGAGAGAAACCCUAUGAGUGUCCAGAUUGUGGGAAAGGUUUCAGUUGCAAUUCCAACUUGGUGAAACACCAGAGGAUUCACACAGGAGAGAAACCCUAUGAGUGUCCAGAUUGUGGGAAAGAUUUCUCUUGGAAAUCUGAACUGGUUAGACAUCAGAGGACUCACACAGGAGAGGAACCAUAUAAAUGUCGUUGUGGGGAAAGUUUUAGUCAGAAUUCCGACCUGGUGAGACACCAGAGGACUCACACGGGAGAGAAACCCUAUAAGUGUCCAGAUUGUGGGAAAGGUUUCAGUCGCAAUUCCUACCUGGUGAAACACCAGAGGACUCACACAGGAGAAAAACCCUAUGAGUGUCCAUAUUGUGGGAAAGAUUUCUCUUGGAAAUCUGAACUGGUGAGACACCAGAGGACUCACACAGGAGAGAAACCCUAUGAGUGUCCAUAUUGUGGGAAAGGUUUCUCUUGGAAAUCUGCCCUGGUUACACAUCAGAGGAUUCACACAGGAGAGAAACCAUAUGAGUGCCCAGAGUGUGGAAGAGAUUUCAGUAGUAGGUAUAAACUUUUAAAUCAUGUAAAGUUACACAUAGCAGAGUAACCGUUCAAAUGCCCAGAUUAUGGACAGUGUUUCGUAGUAAAUUCCUCUCUUAUUACAGAAGAAAUUCCAUGUGAGGAAAAAUUUGAUCUUAAAUUUUGUUUCUUAUGUCUUACUGGAAGCCUAGCUGAGAAAUUAUUAA